ACUCGUUGGACAUGCACGUCACUUACUCCUGCGGCCGUAACCCUGCCCGCGUCUUCCCGCUGUGUGAUUACUGUGGGAAGAAAUUCUGUCAGCCACAACACCUCCGCUCGCACCAAAAGCGCAUGCACGCAGAUAUGGCCGAAGUCCUGAGGGAAUUCCAGUGUAAGUUGUGCUUCAAGAUCUUGGGUUCCCGGGCGGCGCUGCAGAGACACUUGAAGGAGGUGCACCACAAGGACUUGAGCACGGGUGCGACCUGUGACCGAUGCGGCAAAAUGUUCCAGAACAAAAGCAAUCUCAAGAUCCACAUGUUGACGCACUCGGGAGUCAAACCGUUCAAGUGCAUCGAGGCCAGCUGCAAUGCGGCCUUCACCACCAAGCAAUGCCUGCAGUUCCACUACAAGAAGGUGCACGGCUACUCGGGCGACAACAUGCCCAAGAUCGAGCGGUGCAUCCCCUACACCUUCGACUCGUACUCGGGCGGCCUCGUCAACGACCCGGCGAGGAAGGCCCCGCCCGAGCCCCGCUCCGAGCCCGAGCAGCCCGAGCCCAGCACGCCCACGCCCACCGAACCGCCAGCUCCCGAGGACUCGUCCCAGAGCUCCGACCCGCCCCUCGCGCCGCUCACGCCCACGGAGGGGCCGCCCACAUCGCGCGCCGACCUCCUCCUCGCCGCGGCCGCCAAGCUUCCUCCCGCCGCGACGCUGCACGGCUACGUGACCAAGUACGCCGCCGCCACGCGCCUGGUGAGCAAGGGCUCCCGCAAGUGGCUGGGCGACCCCAUGGACAUGCCCGACCGCGACUACAACGAGAGGGACGUGUACGACUUCGACGACAAGCUGGACGAGGACCUGCUGCAGAAGAGGAAGAAGGACGAGGAGUGCGGCGGCGAGGACAAGCUGUACCGGCGCGAGUCGACCGCCUCCCUGCUGGUGGAGGCGGCGCUCAACGUGGCGGAGCAGAACAUGAAGAUGGACAGCCGCAACAUCGGCAGCCACGACCGCCUGCUGGGCUACAGCGGCCGCUACUCGCCGCUGCCGCCCGCGACGGUCGUCACGUCCAUCGAGCAGAUUCUGCCGCACGACGCCGCCCUCGCCACGCACAUCAAGUACACGACCAGCGCCGCCGACGACGAGCGCGCGCACCUCGAGUACACGUUGGAGCGCGAGUACGACCCGCGAGACCUCCCUGAAGUGAUGGUCGUGCACGAGACGAUAGGCUCCCGAGACCUGCACGACCAGCUCAGCCACGACCUGCAAGACAAUCUGCACGCCGCGCUGGACCAUCUCCCGCCCACCUCCGUCAACGACGACCUGCACCACUCCCACCACCACGUACAACACUCGGACCACGCCCACAAUCUCGCCCUGGUCAAAUCCGACGAGCUGCCGCCACCCACGCCCGCAACGCCCGUGGACCCAGGCACGCCCAUGGCCCCGCCCACGCCCCUGAGUUCAAGCGGGGGCCUGGAGCCGACGCUGCACGUGCUGGACCAGCUGCCCGUCACGCAGGGCCUCCCGGUGUCGCUGUCCUCCCUGUCGGUGGGCCUCGACAUGAGCUACAAGCACUACCGCCACGCCGAGCUGACCCCCGUGAGCCAGGAGCACUGCCUGGCCGGCCAGCUCGACGACUCCGAGGCCUCUAUGGGGCUGGACCCCAUGGGCGAGAGCGGGCAGCUGUCUCCUCGGAACGACCAUCUGGCGGACCAGCUGCCGCUGCCCGAGCUCCAGCCCCACGACUUCCGGGGGCUGGCCGCCCUGCGCUCGCCGGAGCCCCCGAGGUCGCCGUACCUGUCCCCGAGCCCCCUCCCGACGCGCUGCGCUCCUACCCCGCGAACUCGGACGGGAUGCGCUCGCCGCUGCCGGUGGACCAGUGCGUGGACAUGUCGCGCGGGAACCUGUUCAUCCGGCCCGCCGACCUGGCCAGCCUGCAGCAGAGGUACCACGGCGAGGUCAGCCACCAGUCCGGGAGGACGCAGCUGUACGAGCUCGAGCGCGUCCCCUCGCACACCAUGGACCUCAGCAUGACGGGCCGCACCCUGACGUACACGAGCGACGCCCUGAGACCAGGCACGGUGUGCACCACGGUGUACGUGGCCGACUCCCACCACGACGACCGCCAUUCCCUCGACCUCACGCUACCCAGACACGACCCUGAGUUGCACAGAGC